AUGGGUCUCCUUGAUAAGUUACAAGCCAAGAUCGAGCUCUAUCGACUGGAGCAGCGCUACGCCCGCCGCAAGCACCGCAGCACGUUCCAUGCCGGUGCCCAGUACGUGGAUGGUGAAUACGUCUAUACCAACGGGUCGAAUUCGCCAACAGGAACCGUCUCGAAGAACUCCACGGGCUCCCUCUGGCGGCCCUCGGGCUGGAACAACUCGCAUGAAUCGCGGUGGCGAUAA